CCAGGAGAGAGGGAGAGGGAGAGGCCCGGGCAUCUAUACUUUCCCUUUCGCCAAUAGUGAAUGUAAAUACUAGCGUGAAAAAUGUUUGGGAAGCCUCGUGUUUUUUGUUAAUUCCUCUGCUCCUCUUCCUCCCGCUAUUGUGAGGAUGUGCCAGAUGGCGUGGAUAUUAACUACGAAACCCUAGCGGCGGCGGCGGCGGCGGUGGUGGUGGUGGUGGUGUUACAAUGUCAACACCAGACACACCCACGCCCUCCAGGAAGCGGGUGUUUAAUCAGACCACAGGGGGUACUGAAGCAAACAAUGAGGGCACUGGAGGCUGGCUUGGUGCCCUGGGGGGGUGGUUGGUGAGUGGCUGCAGGGGUGGGGGCUCCUGGGGGUGCUGCGGAGGAGGUCAGGUGCCCCGGGGGGUGUGCGGUCCACCCCUGCCACCCCUCCCACUCACAGCCAACCCUCCACACCUAAUCAUGAGCAUAUUGAACUUAAACAACUAAAUUUUCAGUAUGAACAGGAGAGAGACAGAGAAGGAGGAGGAGGAGGAGAAGGAGGAGAAGGAGGGGGAGGAGAGGGGGCAGGGAGGGUGGUCAUGCGUCGGAGAACCCACAAGUACCCCAGUCUACCCCAGGGGCACCAGAAACGGCCCCCUAGGCACUCCUAUUAUGAAGGAUCCACCCCAGAGUCCUACCUUCUGACUGCCUUGUUAAUCCACUCCCUUAAACACAAACCUGGUUCCACAUGCCCGGACAUAAACUGCCCCCUGCCCCCCUAGCCACCCCAAAGGCUCUGCGGGCGUGGGGAAAGGUGCAGGAGGCAUGGGUGCAGGUGUGGAGGGCGGCUACGUCCGCUCUGUAUCUGAGUGUGAGGACGGAGAGCUGGACAAGUGUGUGAGACCGGAAAUAACUUUAAGUCUCGAAGAUUAUGCUGUUUCACCCCUUUCCAGUCCUUCCAGUGCUUUCCAGUUUGCACAGAUCAGCCCCCUGCCCAGCCCACACUCCGCCAUGAUCCACACCUCCUCCUCCACCUCCUCCCUGCUCCCUGGUCCCUCCUCUUCCUCAAUAUCUUCCUCCUACCACACACAAGACACUACAAGCAGCAGGCCGCCAGACUCCGAUAGCUCAUCAUUUUACGAUGUUUCCUCCCUGACUGACGUGACGUUUGACUCCUCGGUCAUGUCACUGAACCAAGAGACACUGUCGUUGUCCUCCGCUACCCUCGUCGGCUCCUCCUUCCCCUCGGAGACGCAGGAAUCGUACAGCGAAGUCGAGAGUGCAACGUAUCCAAAGGGGUUCAUAAAUACAGCAAUAUCUGGAUCGGUUCAUUCGCUGCCCUCCUGCCUGACCCUCCCUGAUACCUCAACCUCCUUAUCCUACCACUCCUCUCUCUUCUCCUCCUCCUCCUCCACCCUGCGACCCAUAAUCUUGUCGGGGUCACUGGUGCUGUUAAAUCGAAGGCCAUCUCUUGCCUCUCCCUCAACUUCUGUCUCACCGCAAGGACAGUUUAUGUGGGAAGAGAACCCAUGCUACGUAAGAUUGGAGGGAGGUAGGCCUGGGGAAGGACAUGACUUUAGGCCUACCACCCUUGAUAGGCCUGCCUGGUGUGACGCGUGUGCCCACCUCGUUUUCUACCACGCCACGACCUGCAGCAAUUGCAGCUACAUUUGUCAUGAACAAUGUCAAGAUUUAGUUGCCCUGGACUGCAAACUUGAUACGUCACCAGGUUCUACCCUAGACAAUACCCUGAAUUCUUCCCUAGACCUCUUCGACUGUCAGGAGGAGGAAGAGGAGGUGGAGGAGGAGGAAGAGGAGGUGGAGGAGGUGGUGGAGGAGGUACAACAGCAGGAGGAGGUGGAGGAAGAGGAGGAGGAGAAGGGUCUAGUGUGUGAGGAAGACGAGGAAGAGGAGGUGGAAGAAGAGGAACAAGAGGUGGUACAGGAAGAAGAAGAGGAGAAGAAGGAAGAGGAGGAGGAAGAGAAGAAGGAGGAAGGAUUGAAGGUUGACACAUUAAAAAAAAGUGAGGCGGAGGUCUCAACGCUGCGUCGAUCUGUCACUCGUCUCCGAUCACACCUUGUUGACAAUGAAACUUUGGAAGCUUGGGCUCAAAAAUUCAGUGCUUCUACUCAGGGACUCCAGAUUGCUAAGGAGGCAGACGGGAGUUUCAGGGGUUGCGUUAGGGUGCACCUCAACUUAAGUCGGCCCAUCAAUAUAGUGGCUGGAACACGACCUCCUUCAAUUUACGACAUACUGCAGGAAGACCGUAGCGUAGAGAAGACCUUGACCUCAUUCUACAUGCCAAGGGACGCUGUUAAGGCCAUCCAUAUCACCAGCAAGACCACCACAAGGGAGGUCAUCGCGGCCCUGCUGGGGAAGUUCAAGGUCGUGGAUAACCCGCAGAAAUUCGCCCUUUAUGAGAAAACGUGUGAUGUUGCGCAGAUUGGGAAAGCCAAGCUACACCGCCUGGGGGACAGCGACUGCCCCCUGGUGCUGGCGUUGAACUGGAGUGCUGG